GUUUUGAGUGACCUUGAGAAUAAUAGCCAAUCACAAGACACCUAGUAUAACGUAGAAAUAUAUUAGAAGAAACUAAUGGAUUACAGUGAAUAUACUUAUUUCACGUGAUUUAAAAACUUAUCAAGUUUGUAGAUAAUUUCGAGAUGAAAUUCCGUUGGAAAGAACAAAGUAAAUAUGUUGCUGAAUAUCACACUGAUACAGUUGAGUUUUGCUCAGAUGGAUCAAUGGCUCUCUGUGGCAGUUAUGAACUAAACAGUGAGACUCAAGAGCGUUUCGGUGGCUUACUGUUAUUCAGUCGAGUUUCAACUGAUUAUCAGUAUGUUUUAUCGAGUAAUAUAUCGUGUUCUGGUGUAUUAGAUAUAAGUUGGCUAAAUGGUAAUGUCGCAAUUGGUGCAUUGGCAAAUGGCUCAACAAAACUAUGGAACUGUUCUAAUGAUAGUCCCUCUCUAAUUGAAUUAAUGGAUUUUCCAGUAUCUGAUCAUAUUCUACUGUCUGUCGAUACGUGUUCGGAUAGAUUUGUUUUCAGUGAUUCAGGUGGGAAUAUUAGUGUGUGGAAGAUCGACACAUCAUCCUGUUUAAAUCCUCGAUCAAUUAAUAAGUGGCCUGGGCAUGAAUUUGAAGCUUGGUGUGCAUGUUUAAAUAAAUGGAACAGUGAAAUAGUCUUCACAGGUAGUGAUGAUUCAAAAUGUUGUGUUUGGGAUCUACGUGAAGGAUGUAAAAAGCCGUUGAAUAUCAUCAGACAUAGUGUGGGUGUUUGCAGCAUUCAAAAUUGUCCUGACGUAGAUUAUUACAUUUCUACCGGAAGUUACGAUGAUACUUUGUAUUUGUGGGAUUUACGUAUGAUUCAUUCUUCUGACAAGGUCAUCAAUACUACCACUAUUCCUUUACAGAAAUGUCAGUUCGCUGGUGGAGUUUGGCGUCAUAAAUGGGGUCCACAAAAUUAUGUUAUAGUCAGUGCAAUACAUGAUGGUUUCGCUGUUGCACACCUACCAUUACGGUCACCUUUUAAUCACAAAGCAGAAGAUGAAGAGGAUUCUGUAUAUAAAUUUCGUUUGACUAAUAAACAAUUAGCCUAUGGUAUUGACUGGUCAUUCAAUCAUGAAAUUAAUCAGUUGAAAAGUGAUUUUAUGCAAUCAACCGUAGUUUCUUGUUCAUUUUAUGACAAUACUAUAGAAUUCGGUGAACUUAUUAUUAGGUUAUAAAUUAGUAAUAUUUAUCUAAACUCAGUCAAAUAUUGUGUUUGUGUACAAAGUAAACUGAUAGCUGGGUAUUUGCAUUUAUAUUUCAUAUUAUUCUUUAUGUAUGGCUAUUUCUUCCUGUUAAUUAAUUGUUUUUUGUUCUGAUCUUAUUAUACCAAAAGGUAUUUUAAUUUGAAAGUGUUGGAUGACUCCAGAUUUUAUGUGAAGUAUAAAUGAUAUUUCAUAAGAAUUUAGUGAGUAAUGGGCUUGGCAAUUCUUGAAAUAAUCGGGACGAAUUUUAGCUCGUUUCUGGCUAAUCAGCUAACAUUU